GAGAGUACGACAUCCAUACCGGCUGGAAGAACCGAAGCCGGGGGCGCAAUUACUUGUGUAGUGGGCCAUGUGAACUUUAUAGCUUGCGUCCUUUGUUCUUGCCUAUCACUUGGACCAACAGCGAGUCGUCCUUCGGCACUACUUAGUAGUCCUGCCAAUAUGCAACCUGGCAUACCAAAAACGAUUCCAAUUCUACGAGGACAAGCGACGCCCCCUUUGAAUACUACCAUAGUAUCGCUCUCCGCUCCCAAACAUGUCGCCUGUAUGUCGAUAUCCGAAGACCGUGCAGUCCACACAGACGAUUACGCCUCCAUAGCCAUCUUUACCCCUCCACCACAAGGUGCGAAUCUCACUGUAGAGUCGAAAUUCCGCAGGCAUAAAUCGCGGAGCGAUCGAAACCCGUACCAUAACCAUCCGGUUCGUUUGGAUCGGAUAUGUCAUAUGCAUAUUGAGUCGGCUGCGUGGGAGGAGAUGUCGAGAGCGGAGAUCGUCACUUGGCGAGGGAUCAUGAAAAAGAUCAUAUCCGUGGGAGGUGCCAAACCCAUAGAACUGAAUGUGUCAGUUCUCGGCGGGCGGCUCUAUUUGGAGGAAUAUGAUCCUACACCCCUCAAGCAACGCAUUCUCUCGAGGGCAGAAUACAUUGGACAUCGUUUCGAGGCUCUUUGUACCGGAGGCACACAGACCAGCGACAUGGGUCUCCAUGCUAGCUGGUCCGCGGGUGUCAUGAGGAAGCUUGGUGACUUGAACAUCCUCAUAGCUGGUGAGGUGGAUGGUACUACGAAUCCAUCCAAUCUCGCUGCGUCCGAGGAUUACAUAGAAAUCAAGUCAAAAACGGAAGGCUCGCAAGCAAAAUUGCGAGACUGGUACAUCCAAUCCAUGCUAGUAGGCAUCCCCAAGAUCUUUGUCGGGUGGCACAAAGACGGCCGGUUGCAUCGUACCCAAACUCUAAUGGUCGAAGAGAUGGAAAAAGCCACUUGGGACAUUCCAGCACGCUUGACUUGGGCAUAUCAAGUCCUUUCAUCUUUACGGGACUUCUGUAUGCAGGGAGGUUCAGGGAUAGACGGGCACAGAGUAUGGCGUGCGCAGGUGGGAGGGCCGUCUUAUGGAGUUCAGGUACGUGAACUCGGUGAGACGGAAGUGAGACUGUUGAACCGGGGAGAAGAAAGGGUGGGCAUUCUCCCGAAGUGGUAUGUGGAUGGGCUGAACGAGCUCGAGAUAUCCCUUCGGAUGAGAAACUUGUAGUUCGGUGUGGUGUUCAACUAUGAAGGUCAAUUACUUCGUUGCUAGUCGUUUCUCCACAUCGCCUCUGAAUCUGAUUGUGUAGCAGCAC